UUUCGAAUGACAGCACUUUUCUCGAUAACAGCAAAUGGGCAUAGUCAGGAUCAGCCUGAAUCAGCCAUCAGUUUUCUAGCUUCUGUCAUGCUUCUAUCGUGUCGACAUGGUAUCGGACCCUAUUGACACCUAAUGCGUUCAAUUGAUGGAACAUUCCACCAACAAGCGUAGCAACGCAAAUGGCGACUACUCGUCGUUCCUGUGGAACCAGCUGGUAUCCGGGGCGCCUGUCGUGCUCGGCCUUGAUGCCUACAGGCCACCCACUGUCAAGAUUAGAGACCAAGUGUUGAAUGCUGCUUUCCGGACGGCAUUAGAGAAGCGCACAGAACAGUCUGUGCUUUCUUCGUUGGCUGGUACAGUGCAGUUUUCCACUGAAAGUGGUGGCGUUGUCAUCAUACUUGACCAGCUGCCGGGCUGCACACCAUCCCCAUUGCGCCCUAAUGUCAUCCAGGUGCCCUGCAAGUUUGACAAAGUCGCCCCGGGAAGUGGCACCACUAGUACAAGCAAGGAAGAAUGGUUGACUAAGUUGACGACCUUUGAGGAUGCCUGGGACUAUGCAUCGUUGGAGUGUGGGCUGGGCUUCAGCCUGGCUGUCAUUGUUGACUUGGCAGCCCGUGUCAAGGGGCCCUCUUGUGACCUGACGGUGACUGCCGUGACCCCAUUGCUGCCAUUGCGCCUGGUGCCACUAUUCCCGAUUCCAGUGCUCAGGAGUGGCGUCCAGGAUACACUGUCCUCACCGCAUGCUGCAGCACCACCUGACUUUGGGUUCGUCACCUUGUGCGGGGACCACCUUUGCUUUCACUUCAAGCAUCAGCUUGAGGAUGGUGGAUUCAACUUUAUUGGAGUAUGGAUAAGUGGCGUGGAAUCAGUUGAGCAUCCCUUUAUUUGGCUUGUCUGUGCCCAGUUCGCCACAAGCCAAAGAUUGGCUUCAAGGCCUAAGGACAUAUUUGUAGUGUGCAUCCUGUCGAGGCAAGCAGCAGCAGCAAUGACCCCUGGGAAGGUACCUGAGGAGGUGCUGUUCUACAACUGCCUCUGCCAGAGCCAUGCCAAUCUUCAUUUCCAGCUAUGGCAGGGAGCGGCCACCACCUCUGUCGCCAGGGUGCCAUCGGCUUCUAACAAAACAAUUAACAUAACCCUUGAAAAAAUACUUUCUGGAGGUGCAGCUGAGACAUUUCAUUCUGCCCUGAAGGAACUUUUGAAAAACCGUACGCCACUGGUGGCCACCCCAGAGCAGAGCAGCAGUGCCGUGACUCAAGACUCGUGGGUUCCCACACCACAGCCUUCAAGAAAGCAGGACUUCAAUAUGGCUCCAACAGUGCCCGAUGUGUCUGACUUAUCAGUGGGCUUAUCAGUGCACUCGAGAUCAGAAAACAUGUCGUAUGGAACACAUGCUGUGACUUGCGAUCCAAGGACAGGCGUCUUGAACAUUGGUUCGCAAGGAGGGUACUUUGCUCAGUGCUCUGAUGCUGCACAGGACACUCGGAGUACUGUAACACCAGCUCAAGGCGGACCAACAACUCCUUUACAAAGCCGUGGUGUUCAAGAUUACAAUGUUGCUGUCGCAGAGGCCCAAUUUCGACUGACCCAGCAACAGCAGUGUGCACCUCCAGCUUCUGCAGCUGAGCAUCACCUGGCAACAGAAUCAGUGCCUGCUGGUGUCUACGAGCUGAUCAGGCGCCAGGAUGAGCAGUUGCUGGAGCUCAGACUGCAGAUUCAACGCCUCCUAUCUCCUGCACGAGAACAGAAUCAAUCAGGGCCAUCAGCCUUGUCUCUCCAACCAAUGGCUGGUGGGACUGGCAAAACAAGUGCGGAGAAGCUGACUUGUAAUGCAGCCACCAUGACAGAAGCCAGCACACAGCUAGUGCAUCGAUCAGUUCAAACAGAGAAGAGCACAAUUGAAGGAUCCGCUGGUGAAAAGGGCUGUGCGUUUUGUGGCCAUCGCAAGCAAGGACUGCCCACAUCAGAAAUCCCGGAGCGUGACACUGAUUACACCAUCUUUUUUCCUGAGAAGUCCCCUCACUUGGCGCAAAAGCUUACCCAAAAGCCUGGCCCAAGAACAGCACCGAACAUGUCGCACAGAGAUCCCGCGGAGUGGCCCCCAAGGCCUGCCUUUGCACACAGUAAGACUUCAGAUCUGCUUGUCACACCUACUGUUUCCUUCAGGGAUGAUCCCUCUCUGCUGCCUGGCAGGUCGGAGAGAAGGGGCGUUUCCCAGGGAGCAAUGCCGACGUCCUCUGCCGAGACAUUCAUCCACCCGCGGCUGCAGUACGAAGAGGAGUCGCGGUUGAGCGGUCAGCGGCGCGACGAGCUGAGCUUUCAGGUGGACCGCAUAGCGCACAAGUACUGCCCAGAAGAGGCCGGCCUGUCGGCAUCCCCAUUGGCCAAGGGUGGAGUGCCGCUUUCACAGGAUGCACAAGCCUAUUUGCGCAACUAUGGACUCGACUCUCGCACAAAACGGGAGGACACUGCCGGAAGAGUGGACAGCAUGGAGCACAUACUGGAUAUUAGCGCGCUCAGGAGGCUGCCCAAGCUACUCUGAGAUUUGCGGUUUUUCAAAGUGACACAGGCACGCAUAACCAUGCAUGGCUGUGUAGUGGGCCCCCUGGGGCUCCAAAGAGAGAGAACUUACAAGUUCCUUGCAUGUGGCACAACGUAAACAUUACAGUAGCAGCAUGCGUGCGUAGAUGAGUCAGUUGUACUACCAUCCGGCAUGGCAGCUUUUGUCUCACUACGCGUCUGCUACAGGAAUUCGCCGUGGGUUCUCAUGUAGCUGACCAUGGCAACAACAGCUGCUUGAAAAACUGAAACACUGGGCACUCGAAGAACGGACGAUUGGUGCCAUUCUUGCUGUUUGUUCUGGUGUGGCACGUCUUUACGUUCAAGCCGUGCUCCUUGAGUUCACUCGCAGGAACGCUGCUCUAGCAUGUGCACCACCUUUCGUGGCCUUCAGUUAGUUCCAACAACGUGGAUCUCUGCAUCCCAAGCUGCGGUAACGAUGCUGCUUCUGUGUUCAAGUGCCUUGUUCUACCUGACUGCUAAAGUUUUUGGGACAUGGAAUCCAUGAGAAGAACUUCACUUUACCUGCAUACUUUGUGGUGGUCGCACGGGCAAGUGUCUGCUGCACCAUGCAAUUCUAGCAGGCAUUUAGUGGUGAAGAACUUUCCCAUUGCUGCUCCUAAAACUUUUGCAGUCGGGUUUCCUCUUGUGUAUCCUUGCUUUCUGAUGCAUAUCCACGGCUAUGCAUUAAGUCGUGUGGCAUAGCUAGCCAGAUGUCCAGUUUAGCGCCUGUGCUUGAAUGGAUAUGAAAUGUGUGUACAUUGGAAAGAAGAAAAUGGCAAUAAACAGACAAUUCUGCCUUUUUUAAUUGGUAAGUACACCCAAGUCAAAGCCUAAGAUGAUAUUUGACGAUCGAGAUAUUGGGCCGUGAAUGCAGUUGUCAAACCAGAUAAAGCUGCCUAGAGAGCUCUGUUUACAUUCUGAACUUCCAGCGUUUGCUUUGUGGGCUGUUGCAAGUAGGCACAGAAGGCAGUCCUGUACCCUUGCUGGUCCUUUCAAGCAAGUGCUCACAGCAGUCCAACAUGGAAUAUUGUUGCACGCAGGAUGUCCUCAGACUGGCACUGUGCAUGUUGGAAAACAGUAUACGCGUUGGGGAAAUCUCUUGGCAUAAUAGAACGCAACACAUGAAAUGCUUUCACCCUCUCGGAUAAGGCUGUUCUGCAGUCAAAACAUAGGGGGCACCAUGCUUGUUUAUAUGUAGUUUGGCCCAUACUGACUCUUUAGUCCAUGUUAUCAAGAAAAUACAGUGAUAUGUAUGGGCUGUGCUCAUUUGGCCUUAACUUUGCAGACAGCGAGUUUUCAUAUUUAAGUGGCAUAAGUACGCUAGCAUACCUGCUAACUCUCCCGAAUUUUUCUUGAUGUUUACAGAUUUGGGCUCAUUGUACAACUUCACAAAUAUUUCAAGUUUUACAAAGGAAUACAUUAACAAAGAAACAGGAGCGCAAAAACAACACAGAGACAGUGAUGAACACAGCAGU